AUGUGCAGUCAGUACGCGUCGGUGAGCCACUCCGAUGAGAUCGGCGCGCGGACCAAAAAGCGGCGCUACGUGCGUAAAGAAGGCAGCUGCAACGUGGUUUUCCGGCACGUUCCCGAGGAGUGGCUCCUCUUCGUCACGGACAUCUUCACCACGCUGGUGGAGAUCCGGUGGAGGGCCAUGUUCCUGAUCUUCGCCCUGUCCUACAUCCUGUCCUGGCUCUUCUUCGGGCUGCUCUUCUGGGUGAUCGCCAUCGCCCACGGCGACGUGCGCGACCCCAACGUGGAGCCCUGCGUCUAUGAGGUGCGCAGCUUCACGGCGGCCUUCCUCUUCUCGCUGGAGACCCAGACCACCAUCGGCUACGGCUUCCGGGGGAUGUCGGAGAACUGCAUGGUGGCCAUCGUGGCGGUCACGGUGCAGGACGUGGUGAGCUGCUUCGUGGACACCUUCGUCAUCGGCAUCGCCGUGGCCAAGAUGGCGUCCGCGCGGAAACGCGCGCAGACCGUGGGCUUCAGCAACUGCGCGGUGGUCAACCUCAGGGACGGCCACCUGUGCCUCUCCUGGAGGGUGGGCGACUUCCGCCGAAACCACCUGGUGGAGGGAACGGCGUGCGCCCAGAUAUUCCGCUCCACGGUGCACGCCACGGGAAAAGUGGACGUCACCUACCAGGACCUGGAGAUCCAGCAGAGCGACGUGGUUUUGGUCUCGCCGGCCACCGUAAUCCACCGCAUCGACCCGGGGAGCCCGCUGUUGGAGCCCUCCAGGCUCCGGGGCGCCGCCUUGGAGAGCUGGUAG